AUGUUGACCUCGUCGCCUUGGGCGGCGCUCCUGCUGGCCAGCGUCCUUUCUUACUCCGCGCUCGCGGACGAUUCUUGUUCAAGUUCUACUGACCCAUUAGUAUUACCCAUAAAAAACGUUACCUUUCCCAAUGGCAUCGGUGCCAAUCGUGGCCUCAAGCUCACGCUUGGUGGCCAGGUUCAAGGCAUGCGCAUGUCCACCAUCUUAAACAACACGCGAGUUAGAAAUAGUCUGGACUGCCCGGACAACUCAACAUACGCAUUCGUCGGCUGCCAAGGAGCCUCGGGCAGUGUAUACGACACCACAGGAGGCACAUUCAGCCAAGUCGUCAACAUCAAGGACUGGAACGUAACAACAAUCGACGCUCAGCCUGAAGAUGGUGAAACGACGGUACUCCAUGGAUACGAUGUCGCAAACUUCACCGAUGCUCCAGCCGUAGCCUAUGGGUAUCCCUUCGAGGUAUGGGCCGAUUAUGACUCCAUGAACAAAAGCGCCAUCGCAUUCGGUCCGAACUCGUCCACCCUAGACAGCUUCGUAAGGAACGACUUGGCCCCCACGACAAGCUUCAGCCUGGACUACGGCUCAACAUCAGAGCUUCACCCUCGCGACGGCCAGCUAGUCAUCGGCGGCUACAACGAAGCACGCUACAACGAGUCCCAGGUUGCAGAGUUCAGCAUGUGGGGAGCCAACGCCCCGGUCCCGUGCCCUCUCCAGGUUCUCGUGUCCGACAUCGUCCUCACCAAUACUGACGGCGAUCACUCUCUCUUCGACCCGGGCGUCAAGGUGGCUGCCUGUAUUGAUACAGUGCAGAACAGCUUCACCCUCACGCAGAACAUGUUUGCCAAGCUCCAGAGCCUCGGUAACCACACCACGACUGACGGCAUGGCCUUUGGAGAAUCCGACUUCCCCAAGGACCGUGAGUCCCUCCUCGGCUCCCUGACCAUCAAGCUAUCCAACGGCUAUACAAGCGUCAUCCCUCAUUACGAACUGGUCAGCCAUGUACGCGGCACGGAUGCCCGUGGUAGAUAUGCUGUGCUCAACAACAGCAGGAUCAGCACCUCGGUUGCCUCAGGUAUGAGCGAUCUGGGUGACAACAUUCCCAUCCUCGGAGGCGUCUUCCUGUCGCAGAACUACCUCCACGUCGACUAUGACGCGGGUAAAUUCUGGCUAAGCCCGCAAGUAGCCAACGGCACUCUACCAGACCACAUCACAUCAUCAUGUAACGGCACCUCAUCCUCGAGCGGCGGUAACAAAGCCGCCCUGGGCGUCAAAGUAGGCGUUCCGGUAGCCAUCGGUGCCGCCCUAAUCUUCUUUGUCGCAAUGUGGUUCUGGUUGAAGAAUCGCAAACCCAAGCAAAACGGGCAGUUUGCAGGCGCGUCUCGCUCCAUCCCGCGAUCGGAGAAGCGCGACGCCCCAGACUCCAAGUCCUCUACAACCAAUUUCGCCGGCUAUCACAAUGUUAACCACGCGAAUCCCGAUGGCCAUAUGGAACUCGAAGGCGACCUCGGCCACGCCGUAGGCCACCAACAACAACGAGCCGAACUAGCGGAACCCGCGCCGGCAUACAAGUCGGAGUGGCCCCGGCAGAACUCUAUUCAAGGCGAGAGCGCCGCGUAUUAUCAGCAAUUCGAGGAGCCAGGCGAGAGUUACGAGCUUGCAGACACGUCGCCGCACUCUCAACUUACACAGUCUCCUCAAGAACUUCAGCAGCCUCCACACCCCCAGAUCGUCAUCCCACCAACAAAUCCACCUCCCAUCAAACGAAAGGACACCGGCUUGAGCGACUGGGUGCCGAGUCCAGCGACACUGAAGAAACAGUUGUCGGGAUUCAGCGAGGCCGUCUCACCGACGAGCACACGUGCGAACAGCACGAGGGUUAAUCCACAUAUUUCUCCUGUUUAG